AUGCGAGCUGAGAGCAUGGUGGAUUCAGCUGCAUUGGAGACAGUCUUUAUUUUCCAUCUCAUUCACAAACAGGAUAUUUUUAAAGCAUUUUAUUUCACGUUCUGUCAUCAAGGACUGCUUCACAUCUUAGAUUCACUGCUUAAUUAAAGUGUUUUUACAACUAUACAUCAACCGGAAUUGGAUUCAAAAGAAGGUGCAUUGAAACGCAAAGGUUCCAGUAUUUUGAUUUGCCAUACAUUUGAGGCAAUUAAUAGGAAGAAAUCGGCAAGGCUUUUAUUAGGGGAAAAAACCUCCUACUGACGUACGGGAAAUAUUGGCUAACCGUGGACUGUGAGCCUUAAGAUACGUGUUCAUACAGCAGCAAGAUCCUGCGUCUCUUUUCAGAUUUCUGGUUGAUUUCUCCUGACUUGAUAAGGUAGUUUUAUUUUAUGUUAUUUUACUGUGGAUUCUUUUUCACUUCCUCACCGGCUGCCAAUUUUAAAUGGUAGUAGUUUGAGAAGAAGAGAAAAAUAACUCUAAUUGAAAUAUCGGUAUCAACUGGAUGGAACAGAUGCUUAAAAGCACAAUUAUUUAAAUACCCCCGGAUUGUGCUGAAAUCUUGUAAUGCAGCGAAGAAUAACGCAUAUAUAUCUGCAAUAAACGGGUCUCGUUGGAUCUAUUUUUAUGGACUGGAUGGACGGAAUGUAGCGUUCACCUAGGGUUGAUAUUUAACUUCCCUCGGAUUUUACAUUUCUUUAAUAGCUAUUUCCACCCUCAUAAUGGUCAAUCUGGGCUCUCAGUUUUUCGCUAAUAUGAAUUAUCUUCGCCCUUUGCGUUGGGGAAAUAGUACACUGAGUCAUUUCAUGAUGUGCUCUCACCCUUAUUUUUGAAUUUUAAUUUAACUUGGUUGACAUAGACAUGCGACGAAGUGGAUGAGACGCACAGCUACAGUACAGUAAGUAAAUAAGAUUAAAGUGCGUGAGAGUGUUAUGUAUUUGAGUUUUUGUUGUCUGGCAGCGCAUUUUGGCUUUUAUCGGAUGUGUUUUAUGUAUUUUUAUUGUAAUGAACACUGGUGAGAUAUUCACCGUGAUUAUGAAAGACACCUGCACACGCAGAUGUAAACUCUACACGAAAGUAUUCUUAUAGAUCAUUAAGGGAAGAAGAAAAAAUCAACAAGUAUGCCCUCUAAGGAAAUGCAUUUAAUACAACUUAUUCUAAUUGCUCUUCUAUUGUGGACUGGGGCGGAUUCUGUAAUCAAUCUGAAAUAUUCGGUGGACGAGGACCAGAAGGCAGGUACAGUGAUCGCAAACAUUGCAAAGGACGCAAAAGAUGCGGGUUUUGUAAUUGAUCCUCGGCAGCCUUCCUUGCGAGUUAUCUCCAACACUGCGCCGCAAUUAGUGGACAUCAGCCCAGCCGGACUUCUUAUCAACAAGCAAAAGAUUGACCGGGAUACAUUUUGUCGACAGACCCCAAAGUGCUUUAUUUCUUUGGAGGUGAUGUCCAGCUCAAUGGAAAUAUGUAUGAUUAGACUGGAAAUCAAGGAUCUGAACGACAAUGCGCCCAGUUUCACUAGAGACCACAUUGACCUGAACAUUUCGGAGACUGCCGCUCCCGGAACCAGGAUACCCCUAGAGGGGGCAAACGAUCCGGAUUCGGGAAGCUUUGGUGUACAAACGUAUGAGAUCACCCCAAAAGACAUGUUUGGGUUGGAUAUUAAGACCAGAGGAGACGGUUCCCGAUUUGCCGAGCUCGUGUUGGAAAAACCCCUGGACAGAGAAACACAGUCUCACUACAGUUAUGUGAUCACUGCCUUAGACGGGGGAGACCCCCCAAAGUUUGAUACAGUUACGCUUAAUAUUAAAGUAAUAGAUUCAAAUGACAACAACCCAGUCUUCGACCAGGCUGUGUACACAGUUAAAGUGAUGGAGAACUCUCCGAAUAACACCGUAGUCAUUGACCUGAAUGCAACAGAUCCAGAUGAAGGCACAAACGGUGAAAUAGUAUAUUCCUUUAACAGUUACGUCUCCGAAAAAACGAGAGAUCUCUUCAAAAUUGACCCCCGAACCGGUAUAAUAGCUGUCACUGGGGAACUGGACUACGAGUCGACGAACGUUUACGAAAUUGAUGUACAAGCAAAAGAUUUGGGUCCCAAUUCUAUCCCAGCUCACUGCAAAGUGACAGUAAACGUUAUGGACGCAAAUGACAAUGUGCCAGUAAUUAAGAUGUUGUCUGCGAACAGUGAAAUGGUCGAAGUGAGUGAAAACGCGCAGCUUGGAUAUGUCAUAGCCCUUGUGAGGGUUUCAGACAGGGACUCGGGGGCUAACGGGAGGGUGCAGCUGCGACUACAAGGAAACGUGCCUUUCAGGCUCCAGGAAUAUGAAAGCUUUUCCACAAUACUUGUUGAUGGGAGACUUGACAGAGAACAGAGGGACACGUACAACCUAACGAUUGAAGCAGUUGACAGUGGUGUUCCUCCUUUGAAAACCACGAAAUCACUGACGGUAAAAGUGACUGACGAGAAUGACAACCCUCCCCACUUCACGAAACCACAUUACCAAGAAAUGAUCCUGGAAAACAACACCCCGGGGGCGUACUUACUUUCCGUGUCCGCAAGAGACCCCGACCUGGGGUUGAACGGCACCGUGACAUACCAAAUCAUACCUUCUCAGGUUCGAGACAUGCCGGUAUUUACAUAUGUGUCAAUAAACCCUACUUCUGGUGACAUUUAUGCCCUGAGAUCCUUCAACCACGAACACACAAGAACUUUCGAAUUCAAAGUUUUGGCUAAAGAUGGAGGGAAUCCAUCUUUGACCAGUAAUGCAACAGUGCGCAUUGUUGUUUUAGAUGUGAACGACAACACGCCUGUAAUGACUGCUCCUCCUUUGAUAAAUGGCACGGCUGAGGUAUCCAUUCCAAGAAAUGCCGGAGUGGGAUAUUUAGUUACCCAGGUAAAAGCGGAUGACUACGAUGAAGGUGAAAACGGAAGACUAACUUACUCCAUUUCGGAGGGAGACAGGGCUUACUUUGAAAUAGAUCAAGUGAAUGGUGAGAUUCGCACCACAAGGACGUUUGGGGAAAAUGCGAAAACCGCCUACGAGAUUACUGUGGUGGCACACGACCACGGAAAGACGUCCUUAACCGCCUCCGCAUUUAUUGUGAUCUACCUCUCACCGUACAUGAAUGAACAGGACUCCAUCGGACCGGUGAACUUGUCCCUGAUCUUCAUCAUUGCCCUGGGUUCUAUUGCUGCUAUCCUGUUUGUCACAAUGAUAUUUGUGGCAGUAAAAUGUAAAAGGGACAACAAGGAAAUCCGAACAUACAACUGCAGUUUCUUCUACCUGCGCAGGGUGGCGGAGUACUCGUACGGCAACCAGAAGAAGUCCAGCAAGAAGAAGAAGCUGAGCAAGAACGACAUCCGGCUGGUGCCGCGCGACACGGAGGAGACGCACAAGAUGAACGUGGUGAGUUGCUCGUCACUCACCUCCUCGCUCAACUACUUCGACUACCACCAGCAGAGCCUGCCACUGGGCUGCCGGCGCUCGGAGAGCACCUUCCUCAACGUGGAGAACCAGAACGCCCGCAACGCCGCCCCCAACCACAGCUACCACCACACCUUCACCGGCCAGGGGCCGCAGCAGCCCGACCUCAUCAUCAACGGCGUGCCGUUGCCAGAGACCGAAAAUUAUUCCAUUGACUCCAGUUAUGUGAACAGUAGAGCACACCUCAUUAAAAGCACGUCAACAUUCAAGGACUUGGAAGGGAACAGUCUCAAAGACAGCGGCCAUGAGGAGAGCGACCAAACUGACAGCGAACAUGAUGUCCAGAGAACCUUGUAUGCCGACACUGCCGUCAAUGAUGCACUCAAUAUGAGUGUGCAACCCAGUGGCGGCCAGCUGCCAGAUCAAGAUUCUGGCGAGACCUUCCACUGCCAGGAGGAGUGCCGCAUCCUGGGCCACUCCGACCGCUGCUGGAUGCCCCGCGUGCCUAUGCCAGCCCGCGCCAAGUCCCCGGAGCACGGACGCAAUGUCAUCGCCCUGCCCAUCGAGACGUCGGCCGCCGACGUGCCGCGCUACGACGACUGCGCCGGCACCACCAAAAGGACUUUCGCCACCUUCGGGAAGGACGGGCCCGAGGAGGCGGAGCGGAACGAGGCCAAGGGCCGGAGGACAGCCGAGCCGCCGGCGUGCAGCCCCAAGGCCAACGGGGCGGUGCGCGAAGCGGGCAACGGGCGUGAGGCGGUGAGCCCCGUCAAGUCGCCCGUGCACCUAAAGAGCCCCCUUGCCAAGCCCCCCUUGGCCUAUGGAACCCUGAAGCGGCGGGACGUGGAGAGGAUCGCCAAGCACACCCUGCUGAGGCAGCCGGAGGGGAAGGACAGUGAGCCCACCUCCCGGGAAGUCAACCAGGCUCUACACGACUGCCCAGGCAAGGAGUCCCCUGGAACCAGGCGCCUGAAGGACAUCGUGCUCUAAGGUGUGGCAGGAGGAGAGGAGGGCUGCCCCCGGUCAGUCAGAGUUGGAAAACGAUGGGCGUGUGUCUGAAGGACUGUAUUUUUUUUUUGCACGCAACAUGCGAGGGCAUGAGAGAGAGCAGGGGAGAAAGAAAAACAUAUCUACAGAAUUGCGUGUAUGAGGAAAGUUUUUUUAUCAGGAGAUGCAAAGAAGAAAUUUUCUUAGCUUGACGCGCGUGGAGGGGAGGGUGGGGGGGGCAAUGGUUCGUCAUCAUGUGACUUGUAUGUUUCUCGUUCACCCACCCAGCUGAGAGGACAGCAGUGUCACCGGUUACUGUGUAACGUGCCAACCCUCUGGAAUCAUUUUUUUUUUUUUUUGUAGAUGAACUGCAGUAGGUGACUGAAUAUGUUGGAGCCACAAUGGAUAUAAUCAGAGUCAUGCCUUUUUAUUUUUGUAUUGUUUUCCUUGGUAUUGCCUUCUUGGUUUGCGGUUCAUUGCAGGUGCCGGAUUACUCUCCAGUUUCCUUCAAAUGGGCUCUUUUGUGAAACCGCUGCAUAGUGGACAGCUGUACAGACAUUCCCUUGGUUCAAAUGUGAUGUUUUGCUGUGUAUGCCACUUAAAAAAAAGAAGGGAAAACUUUUUUUUGCUGCCAUUUUGUUUUUCAAUUUGUCUGGGUGUCCCCCCCCCAUGUUUCCUUGAAUAUAUAGCAUUCCAUAAUUAUGAGAUCUUGACAGGAUUCAUUUUUUUUUCCCACCAGCCAAUGGUGAAACCAAUGAACACUGGGCAUCAACACAUGUACUCAAGACAGCAAGUGACAAAGUGGUUUUUCAAACAGAACAGAAUUUUUCUACAAGACUUGGAUCCUGCUUUCAAAUCUCCCGCGCCUAUUCUUGAUUGUAGCUUAUGGGGCACGUUUUACAAUAACUGCGCUCUGGUGUUCUUUCUUUUGAAAUUCUGACUGUGGGGCUAGGAUGUAGAAGGGACAGUCACUCACAUGUCUUGCUGUUUGAAACUCUGUGAAGGGUUUAUAAUUAUGAUUUUUUAAAUAACCUGUUGUUAUGUGACAAUCCCUUUAAUGUUUCCUUUCAAAAGAAAAAUAAAACAUACAUAUUUGUGUUCAACUGAAGCUAAAGUAGCAUUUGUUACACAAACACAUAAAAGGAAAAAAAAACAUA